GGGAUCCGUCUCUAUCCACUUAGAGAGCGCCAUGGCGGUCGGGAGUAGAUCGAGGAUGGCGACGCUGAGGACGACGGCGUCGCUGCCGAUGCCCCUGCCGCCAGGAGGGCCGACGCCCCACCCCCUGUAGCGUUCCUGGACGUCAAGCCACCUGUGGCAGAUCCAUCCGGCUGAUCCACACCUUCUCCAUGGUCGAAGACUUCCGGUUGAAUCCUUGCCGUUCAAAUCCUAUACAAACAACUGAAAAUUUGAUGUCCUUUGGUUUCUUGGUAAUCUGUUCCAAAUACGUAUUUACGGGCUGUGUAGAUUAGUUAGUUUGGAUUAAGAAACCCUAAUCUUGCAUUGCCUUUCCAAAAGCAUAGCGUGUUCUUGCAUUGACGUAUCAGCAUGUAGCAUGAUGAAGCAAGAUAGAUCGUAGGGGUUGUUGGUGUAAACAACUUUAUGCCGUGGCCUCAGGGCCGAUGUGGCUUGGUUCGGAUCUCCGGAUGAUGGGGGAUCUUCCUUGGGCGACCCUUGAGACUGCUGAGGCGGCCGACUGCGGUGGUCCAAUCGGGACGGGGUCGUCGUUUCCUCCGGGAGGGGGUCCUCGCCUGGGCGUUUAGUGGGAGGCUUCCGUCUUCGCACCUGUACACAGGUCGGGUCGGGAGAGCUCGGCUCGACCCCUCCGACGAUUAAGUUAGCGAAUAGUCGCAAGGGUUUUUUUCUAUUGUCCUCCCUUUUUUCUCGGAUCGCGAGGGUUUUUAUAGUGAGGAUUACCGUUGCCUGAUGUGCCUGCCCGUAGGGAGCAGGAUCGUACUUCUGGUAGCGUUUGACAUCGACGUUGGCGUGGCGUGAGAGAUCGAGCCUGAGCAGGAUGUUAAUGUGCCACGGUCGGCGUUCCGGUCCGUGUUGACCAGGUGCUGUCAGAUCAACAGAGGCGCGAGGCGUUAUCUGGGGCAGCUGACGUCACCCGAGUCUUAUCGCCAUUAUUACCCUCAUCAAGAGUGGAUUUGUUUGGGCAUAUAGAACACAGGAGUGGAAGAUAGGAAGGUCAUCUAUUAGCGAUAGAUUGUCACUAGCACCGGUGGCCUUGGGAGGCUCAGAGAGAGACCUUGUUCUGUAACUCAUAAGAUUCUUUCUCACGUCCUCUCUCAACUGCUUACCUAAAUUUAUGGACAAAUUAAACCCUAUUAAGCCUUGUCUUGAGAAGGCGGAAAAGACAAGGAUACCCUGGAUUAAAAAAGUAAGGUGAAAGAGGAUGAAAAAAGGAUAAGUAGAGAAAUUUUAGCUGUUAAAAUUGCUAAUCGUAUUACUUUUUCCAAAUUUUGACUUUGACUUUUACCAGAAUAGCUUGGAUGAUUAGAAAUUCAAAUGAGUUAAAAUGUGUCUGCUGUAUACAUUCUAGGUAUGUUGGGGUACAGGAGGGUUGAGCAACUGUGACCCGAGAUGAACUUAGUUUGAUCAGGUUAGCACAUCUCAGCUGUUGUCUUAUUCCAUCGUUCUCUCCUCUCGAGGGAUUUGAGAAAUCCUUCUCAAACAAGUUCUUGAUGGCCUAUCUAGUUGCUUGAGUUAUAUUGGAAAACUGUAAUAAUGACAAAUUAAGGCCUUAGGUUGAAUAUGAUGCAUCAAUUUAUGGAUCUCAUGAUUCUUUCAUCUUUUUCUUUGAACCAGAAAAAAUAGAUUCCUUUCCAAAAAGAAAACAACAAUUGAAAAUAGAUGAAUGGACGAUGAUCUAUCACUUCCAACGAGCAUAAGAAACAAGCAGCAUAAUGAUUAAAUUAGUGUCUAUGAACCAGUUCUACAAUGUCCAAGAAAUGAGUAUUUUAGUUUCUUUAAUUAGCAUAGUUAUGAAUAAUUGCAUGAAGUAUCCUAUAUGCCAAAGUCUGGUACUCAAAUAUAGGUUUUCGACUUUAUUCACAUAUAACUUUCAAAAGUUACCUAUUUCAUGAUUCUUUAUUCUUGAAAAUUAAAAAAAUUAAGUAGAUUGUUCAAUGUCGUAUGCAAUCUUAUUGUGAGAAGUGUCAUAUCCUAAAAUGUGUAAAUUCUUCAUAUGUAUGGAUAAGUGAGUACUUUUGUGAAGGAUGAAGUUUAUACUGGAGAAAGAAAAGCACCUGCUUCUUAUUCUAGCUAACAGAACUCUGAUGCUUUAUUGUAAGAAUCUCUAAGUUGUCUUUAUUCUGCUAUAUGUUUUAGAAGGCAAUGUUGCAAAUAAGAACUUCAUAAAAGUGCAUGUAAAGGAUAUUUUAAGAGGUUACACGUGCAAGAGCUAUAUAAAAUAUUCCCCUGAUGACUGCAAUUGUAACCUUGCAGAAGUGGGCAUGGAGAAUAAUUACAUAGGAAGGAAAAUUAACUAAGUGGGGAGGGUCGCUGUUGUCCAUAGGAUUGUCUUUGGAAUAAUCCAAGGGGUUUUGGCCUGAUGAAAUUGUCAUCGGCAGCCAAUCAGCCUUCUUGUUUGCUUCCAGCACCAUAAGCUAUCUACAGAUCAUGUCUACUAUUUGCUUAAUAAGACGUCGAUCCCCAAAUAAACUAUCUUAUCUUAUCUUGCUGGGGGAACAUGGUUUGAUGCCUGCAGACUGAAUGAUGCCAGAGAAGAAAAAGCAGCUGUGAUUGCCGCAAACCAAGCUUCCACAUAAAGUGGAAGCAGUUGUGCUGCUCUUGAUGUAUCUCGGACAAAAUAUGUAGUAGGCUUAUCAACAAAGAAAAGAGAAAAUUUGAAGUAAGUUUGAUGGAUCUCUUUUACGGCAUAGUCAGACAGGACAGGUAGUAGGCAGUUCAAGAGAAAAGGCUAGGCUUCUGAUUCAUCCAUUUGUGGAACUUCAACCAUGAGGCCCUUCUCAUUCCCUCUCCUUGAAUAUGCCAUCUUUUUCAUGAUCCUACACACACUGAGUCAAACUUACAUCCACAAGUUUGGCGCUCUGCAAUGAAUGUGCAGUUGUUUGUCAAUCAAAGCAACAAUAUUGAUAACCUUUUUCUGUUAAGUUAAUGUUUUAAAAUAAAAUGUUAAACUCUUUCAGUUAGCAUCGUAAUGUAAGUGGAGCUCAUGAUGGUGCCCCUUGUCAGAAGCUGUAAGGAGGCCUUGCUACCACACUUGGAUACAUAAUGAAGGACUGGCUUGUCCUGUUGUGGGGCUGGUGGAUGCAAGCAAGGAUCAACACAAUUCUCAACACAACAGUUCAAAGCAGCUUCGCAUAAUGGUCUGCAACAAUCUGUGCUGAAACUAUGAUGAGAAAGGUUAGUGGUUUCUCGUGUUUUAUCAAGUAAAAAAUAUGGCUGGCCAUGUGUAUGUCGAAAUCUGGCACAGUUUAUCCGCAUAUGCGUUCCUAUUGGAUUACAGCCAAUGAAGCCUCUUAAACUAGUGAGAAAGGUGAGGAAGAUGCCAUCAAAUAAUGCAACAUUGACAAAAGAACGUGGCCCCAAUUACAAUAACCAUCUUUUUCGUGUUCACCAUGCACACCAUGUGUUGGCGGAAAUAAAAGUAAUCAGCAGGAAUCUAAUUGUUGUGAAGGGAUGUUGUUCUUUGGCUAGACACAAUAUGACAAUUACUGUAUCAAUUUAGUGCAUCCACGCAGGAUGAUUCCCUGUGGCAUGUCAUUGGCCAUGUUCACUGGAAAACUCCAUGCUGGUUGAUUAGAUUAUGAGGGCAGAUUCUUGAAAGCAUGUUUAGGUGCCUCCUGAAGUCUUUUACUCUCCUUGGAUAGAUUUAAAGCAAAGCCUCCAUAUGCUUCCUUUCUCAGGUGUCAUCCUCUGCUUCUAUUUUAUAUAAAUCAAGCUAUUUAUUAGAUGCAGUGGUUCGGAAGUGAGUGACAUUCAAUGGAAGAUCAGUUCCGCCUAGUAACCAGCAAUGGAGCAGUCGAUCCGGCAAUGAUAAUGGCAACGCAAGCCAAGCGCUACAGCGACAACGAUGGCAGAUCUUCGAGCCCCACCGUUCUCAACUUUCUCGAGGUGAAAGCCGAGCGCCCGACGGAGCCUUUCGAGCUAAAUGGUUCCGUGAGCACUUCCCUAAUGUUCCCUUCUCCGCCAUGCUCUUCUCUUUGCUCUUCGUUGGUUCGGUCAUACGUCGUCUUCCCUGCAAGCGAUGUCCCUCCUGCAGGAAAACGAGAUUUCCACCUCCAAACACAUCAGAAACUUAAGCAGCGCAGCGCCCCUCAAUGGCUGCAGAUUCACAGUACCAACUCGACAUCGUCGCUUCAGCAGCGGCUGGGGCAUGGACCGGUCAUCCUCAUGCAGCGAUUGCUUCGCUACUGGAAGCAAAGCUCCAGGCUUCUGGCGGCUCCGCCUGCUCCACUUCUCCGUCGUGGAGCUUGAACGAGUUGAAACGAGCGUGGGAGAAAGAUCUUUUACGUGUGGGCGUCGACGAGUGUGGUCCACUGGAGAUGAAACGGCACAAGACCGCGAGCGCCGACAGUAGCCCGGCCUUCAUUGAGUGCUCCGGGCAAGGAGCUGCAGUGGGUUGCAGGUGGGGUGACGAUAAGCAGGAUGCCUUCCUUGGACAUGGACAUGAUAUGGGAUUCUCUCCCCAAACCUUGAUUUCCGAGUUCUUGGACUCGCUCCGGAUUUUGUCCCUCCCAUUCGAAGACAAGUAGCAAGGGGCAUAUUUGAUCUUCAACAUCAAAAUUCUUAAAGAGAAAAGGAAGUGUCACUUAAGUUGUCAGAUGGAGCAAAGAAGCACUUGAUGGAAGAAUGCGACGUUAAAAACGAUCUGAACCUAUAAGAAUCAGACAACCUUCCUUCCAGAGGUGUAACUGAGAUGUGAAGUGCCCAUUGCCAAAUUAUAGUGCCCCCAAAGAACUACCACACCUUUUUCUCACGACAAACAGAGAAACAACCAUACCUUUUUCUCAAAACCUCUGUCGUGAGAGCGUUUACAGUAAAAGCAUGCUGACCAUGAUGCCAUGAAUCAAAUUCGAUCAACUAGCAGCAUUCAUUGCACAAUGUAAACAGAACAUAGAGCAGCAACAUAUU